GAUUUUUUUUGGGUGUGUUUAUAUACAUUGAAUGGUAUAGGGUUUCUUUAUAAAACUAUGUCUAGGAAUGAGUAUUUAACUAAUUUUUUUUUUUAUUAAGAGGGGCGAUAAUGUAUUAAACUCAUACACGCUACACGGACCCUCUUGUAGGAUCCAUCACACAGUAUUUUUCAAUGAUCCGAACUGUCUACUUUUUAAAUAUUUCAUUAAAGAUCAUCUCUGCAAAAAUAACUUAAAUCUGAAACCAUUUGACAACUCAAUUAUAUGAUUGUUAUUUUAGUCUUUUCUUGAAGUGUUUGUCUAUUCUAUUGUUUGCAAUUAAAUGUCUUAAUGAUUUUCAAUUUGUCUAAUUAGGGACUCGCAGUGAAUUUUUUGAAUGUCCAUCUAAAUUUCCGCCAAUAUUAAGGGCAAAUUUGUAAUAUUAAAUAAUAAUAAAAAUUACAACUUAUUAAAUAAUAAUAAUACAAAAGUCAAAAACAGAUUUUAAAAAAGAGAAAAAAAAAAGUUUUCUGGUGAAAUGAAUUUGCAGAACGAAAUUGGAGCUAAGCCCGGGCAGGGCUUGGUGUCACCUGGGCCUCACUUGGGGGACUGAACAGUGGUGGUGCCGUCGAAGCCGUCGGCAUUGGAAAAGCCGGCAAGUUGGGAGUUGGGUCUGGCUGAGGUGGGGUUUGAAUUGAGAGUCGGCGGAGGAGAUGAGGUUUGAAAUGGGAUCGGUGGAGGAGGUGGGCUUCAAAUUGAGGUCGGUGGAGGUUGGUUUGAACUGGAAUUGGGAUUGGAGAAGAUGAGAGAGGGAGAAGAGAGAGUGGCAAGGUCUGAAUGGGCGGAGCAUUUAUGGAUUUUCUGGAGGCCAUGGUGCAAAAUCCCAAUAGCCACAAACAAUGUGACUACGAAAAUGAAGAUCUUUGUUGAUUUUCCCACACAACACGUUUUUGUAUUUCCUUUUCUGGGUUCUGCUGUAGAGUCUGAGAGAUGAACAGAGAGAAUGGUGGGUUCUGUUCUGCCCAGGCACAGCACCACCCCCUUCACCAAACCCAGGCAUAGCACCACCCCGUUACCAAACCAUUCGAAGGAACUUUUUCUACCCUUUUUUGACUUUCUUUUCUUUUAACUUUUUUUUUAUAUAUAAAUUUUCUACUAAUUUUUCUUACAUUUUUUUACUUAAAAACUGGCCAGGUCACGUGAUUAAAAUUUGGAUGGACAUCUAAAAAAUUCAGACUGAGUCCCAAGUUGGCCAAUUUCAUAUAGUUUAAGUUCUUAAUUUACUGAAAAAAUUGUUUAAGGGGCAAAACGACAGUUUAGCUUAAUUUAUUUGAGGGAUCCUCAAGGAAAUAAAUAUUUUAUUGCAAGUUCAGAUCGUUUGGACCAUGUUGCUUGCUCGAUUUAUUUGAGUCACCAUAUUCCGUGAUCAAUAUGUUUGCAGGUUGCAACAACGGCGGAUUCUUUGUGUUCUACGCCUUCAACACAUAUUCCUCUCUAAAGAACAAGAAAGUACCAAAUGAAUGCAGAAGAACAAGCAGGUGAUCUUAAGUCACUUCCAUUUGCAGAUCAAGAACAUGACUAUCAAGAAAGAAAAGGACAACAGCUGACCCGAGAUGAGUUUUUUGUGGAAGUGAAGAAGCAGCUGUUGUUAGUAGGGCCUCUUGUGUCAUCAAAUUUCUUGUUGUUUUGUAUACAGGUUGUUUCAGUCAUGUAUGUUGGUCAUCUCGGAGAACUUGCACUUUCAGGUGCUUCCAUGGCCACUUCAUUUGCUUCAGUAACUGGUAUCAGCUUGAUGAUUGGAAUGGGAAGCGCAUUGGACACAUUUUGUGGCCAGUCCUAUGGAGCAAAACAAUAUCAUAUGCUUGGUAUACAUAUGCAGAGGGCAAUGAUUGUUCUUUUGCUGGUCAGCAUUCCUCUUGCAGUUGUAUGGGCCAAUACAGGCUUCAUUCUUGAAUUUUUGGGUCAAGAUCCAGAAAUAUCUGCUGCUGCUGGGGAAUUUGCUUGUUACAUGAUACCAAGCCUUUUCGCUUACGCAAUCCUUCAAUGUCAUUCCAGAUUCUUGCAAACUCAGAACAAUGUGGUUCCCAUGAUUGUUACCACAGGAACUGCAACUCUGCUACACUUGCUUAUCUGUUGGCUUCUGGUAUACAAGACCAGCCUUGGAUAUAAAGGUGCGGCUGUGGCAAACUGCAUCGCAUAUUGGAUCAAUGCAUUGUUAUUGUUUCUUUAUGUCAGAUUCUCUCCCUCUUGUAAGCACACAUGGACUGGAUUCUCAAAGGAGGCCUUUCACGGAAUUCUCAGUUUUCUUAAACUAUCCAUUCCUUCAGCUGUAAUGAUCAGCUUAGAAAUGUGGUGCUUUGAAAUGAUGGUCCUCUUAUCUGGUCUUCUUCCUAAUCCAAAGCUUGAAACCUCAGUCCUGUCAAUCAGCUUUAACACAUGUGCACUGACUUACAUGAUCCCCCUCGGACUGGGUGGUGCAGCAAGCACAAGGGUUUCAAAUGAAUUGGGUGCUGGGAAACCACGACUAGCCCGUCUUGCCGUAUGUGUCACACUCUCCAUGGUUGUUACUGAAGGCAUUGUGGUUGUUGCUGUCAUGAUAUUGGGUCGAAAAGUUUGGGGCUACUGUUACACCACAGAUAAAGAAGUUGUGGAAUAUGUUGGAGAAAUAUUACUGUGGGUUGCAAUAUCCCAAUUUUUUGAUGGAAUUCAAUCUGUUCUUUCAGGUGUCAUAAGAGGAAGUGGGCAGCAAAAGAUUGGAGCUUAUGUUAAUCUUGGAGCUUAUUAUCUUAUAGGCAUUCCUAUCUCAGUUAUAUUAGCUUUUGUCCUGCACAUUGGAGGGAAGGGUCUUUGGAUUGGAAUUACUGUGGCUCUGUUUGUGCAAGCAGUAUCUCUUUCAAUCAUAGUCACAUGCACUAACUGGGAAAAAGAAGUGAAGAAAGCUUCUGAUAGAGUGCACAAGACAAUGGCUGUGACAGAUGCAGCAUCGUAAAACAGAUGCAGAAGUCCUGAUCAUAUCUGGAUUGGGUCCUUAAGAGAAAAAAGAAAGAAAGAACGGAGUAACUAAUGAAGGAUCUAGCCCUUAUUUGUGUGCCUAAUGAUGUCCUCUGUGGAAGACAUUUCAAGCCGUAUCAGAAGCCGAAGGCGACGAAUCUCCAAUGAUUAAACAUUUGAUUUGUAUGGCUUGGUUCCAGUUUUGUCAUCCUCAGAAUUUCCCUAACCUAGUGUUGUUGCAGUUUCAAAAGUUUAGACAGGGUACAGUACUCUGUAAUUACUUCGGGAAGAAAGAAACAAAAUGAGGUCUUUUUUUUUUUUUUUGGUCAAAGAACAGCAGGUGUUUCCAGUCUACUAAAAAUUAUGUGAGGAUAUAAUGGGUGAAAAAUUGGAUUUCUAAUGGAUUAAUUCUUACAAUAAUUAGAACACCACCUCCCACCCAAGAGUCCAAUUUCUCCAAAAUCAAAAUUAGAAUUCUUGAUUUUGUGUAGACCCUACUUACAUUUUCAUUUUUUUAUGUGAAGUAAACACCGGAGUAAUACGUA